AUGGCUCUGCAAGACUUGCUGCACCGCCGGCCCUGCUCCCCGCCGCCCCCGUGGCCCCUGCCACCCCCCUGCCCGGCGCCUGCCGGCACCCCCUGCCCCCUGCCCCACGGCACCACCACGCUGGCCUUCCGGCUGGCCCAGGGCGUGGUGGCAGCGGCUGACACCCGCUCGUCCUGCGGCACCUACGUGGCCUGCCCGGCCUCCCGCAAGGUGCUCCCCGUCCACGCCCGGCUGCUGGCCACAACCUCGGGGACCUCGGCCGACUGCGCCACGUGGCUGCGGGCCCUGCGCUGCCAGCUGGCCCUGCGGCGCCAGGAGGACGGGCGGGAGCCGGGCGUGGCCGAGGCGGCAGCGCUGCUGGCGGGCGGGCUGCGGGCACAGCGGGGGCGCGGGCUGUGCGUGGCUGUGGCGCUCUGCGGCUGGGACCGCACCGGCCCCGGCCUCUGGUACGUCUACAGCGACGGCACCCGCCUGCCCCUGGACGUGGUGGCCGUGGGCUCCGGCUCGCCCUACGCCUACGGGCUGCUGGACGGGGCCUACCGCCCCGACAUGCCGCCUGCCGCCGCCUACGCCCUGGCCCGCCACGCCGUGGCCCAUGCCACCCGCCGUGACGCCUACUCUGGGGGCUGCGUUGACGUCUUCCACGUGCGCCAGAGCGGCUGGGUCUGGGUGUCCCACAGCGACGUGGGGGAGCUGGGGGGCCUGGCCCGGGCCUUGGGGCCCACCGAGGAGGAGGAGGAGGAAGCAGAACAGACCAGUGUGGACCAGUAUAAACCAGCAGGAACCAGCCUGGAGCGUCAUUAG